UUCAGUCGCGGUUCGAAUCGUACGCGGCGUGGUCGUGUCGCCCUGCGGAAUAUUUACAUCGCGACGUGAAUAAUAUCGCGGAGUUCGUGAACUUGUAUUAUUUUAUCACUUGGAUGAUAUAACACUAGUGUGUGGAUUCAGUUUUAUGUAAGAAAUAUUUUUUUUUAUUUCUUAAUUUUUACACAUUCAAUUGUUUUUGUAGGCGUUCUAUUUUUGAUACACGCCAAUGGAUAGCCGAUUCGAACUUCAACUUGGAACGACUACCUAGCCAGAGUUCCCCUAACAUUAUUUCCUUGGUGUGAGCGAGACGAGAGUCUUUAGAAAGUGAGGACAAUAUCAAGACACGUGCAUCGGUGAAAGUGUUCUCAGUGUGCAAGCAACGAUGACGCCCGGCGCGGAAGAAUUGACUAUACUAGGGGGCAACAAUAAUGUCGUCCCCUUAUUACCACGAACCACCGUAGAACUGGAAUUCAAGAACAUAACAUGCGACAUGAACAUGUUUAUUAUGAGCAAGCUGCGAAUGGAAAAUAAGCAGAUACUAAAGAGUGUGUCAGGAUGCUUCAAGCCUGGAGAGCUGACAGCCAUCAUGGGACCCUCAGGAGCCGGCAAGACCACACUCCUCAACAUCCUCGCUGGCUACUCGACACGUGGAGCGAAAGGCGAGAUUGCCAUCAAUGGAGUUUGUGCGUGCGCUUCUAAGUCGACGGGGCGAGGUGGCGCGCGGUACAUCCGUCAACACGAUGAUUUGCGCGCGCAUCUCACUGUUUACGAAGCUAUGUCGCUUGCCGCUGCCCUAAAACUGGCUGAUUUCACUCCGCAUGAGAGAAAAGAAAAGGUGUACGAGAUUCUUGCCCUGCUAGGUCUGAGCAACACAUCCCUGACAGUCUGCCGGGACCUCUCUGGAGGACAAAGAAGACGCCUUGCUGUAGCUUUGGAACUGCUAUCUGACCCCUCUCUUAUGUUCCUGGAUGAACCUACUACCGGUUUAGAUUCCUCAGCAUCAGCCUCUCUGAUAGCGCUACUGAACAACCUGGCAAGAGGUGGCAGAACGCUCGUAGCCACCAUCCAUCAGCCCUCAGCCCUGAUCUUCGAGAAGAUUGACACGGUCUACUGUUUACAAGCUGGAAGGACUUUGUACAGUGGGCCUAGAGCGAGCUUAGUUCCCGCUUUAGCAAGCGCGGGAUUGAGGUGUCCGCCUUACCAUAACCCUGCAGAUUAUUUAAUGGAAGUGGCAUCAGGCGAGUAUGAUGUGGACUUGGUGAAAAGUGCGGAAAUCAUGAGCCAGUUCAAACCGGAGCCAGCCGGUAAUGGCAGUUGGGAAAGCCACAUUCCGACCCUACCAGCACUGCCUAGCCCUCUAGAUAUUAGUACAAACUUGAAACCCAAACAAGCACUGAAUGACCCGAAACAUAAGCAGACGAAACUAUCGAAGAAUAUUUACAGACAAUCUGGAUUACUGAGACAAACUGGGAUACUACUCUAUAGAAACUACUUAAUGACGACUAGAAAUUAUUCGUUAUUCAUGUACAGAGUGGCAGCUCACGUGGUCAUCGCUCUUAUCUUCGGUUACCUGUACUCAGGAGUGGGCAAGGAAGCAGGCUCGGUGCUAGGAAACUACGUCUAUCUAUACGGAUCUAUGUUACUUGUAGUCUACACUGGAAAAAUGUCCGUCACGUUAUCAUUUCCUUUAGAAAUGGAUAUCCUGAGAGGGGAGUACUUCAAUCGAUGGUACAAUUUAGGACCCUACAUAGUAUCAAUAUUAGCAGUAGAGUUACCAUUCCAGAUGAUAUCUUGUGUGUCAUACGUGGUGUUAUCAUACUGGUUGACUGAUAACCCUCUGGAACCGAACAGAGCAACAUUAUUCCUUGCCACCAUCGUAGCCACAUCACUAUGUGCACAGGCAUGGGGUUACUUCAUAGGAUCCACUACACCUACCAGGAUUGCCGUCUUCAUUGGUCCAGUCCUCGCGUGCCUGUUCUCAGUGUUCGGUUUCUGCUUGGCUCUGGCAGACACGCCCUAUCAGUUCCGCUGGCUUCAUCACAUAUCGUACUUCCGAGCUGGGUUCCAUGUUGCUGUACAUUCCGUCUAUGGCUUUAAUAGGACGAGAAUACAUUGCUCUAAAGAAUAUUGCCACUACAUCACACCAAAGACCUUCCUCAAGGAGAUGGACAUGGAAAAUGUGGACAUCGGUGGAAACAUGGCGCUGGUUCUCUCAAUGACAGUCGUCAUGCAUAUCCUCACGGCCGCAGCUCUGUGGUACAGGCUCAACAAGAGAUGAAUGCAACCUCUUUAGCUUUAGAACUAGCAAUGGAUUGGGAUCUUUUGUACUUUAGUAUUAGUUUAAAGGCCGCGGAGAUGGAAAACUGUGGAACCUACUAUUAUUGCGGAAUAACUUAGCGAGAUUUUGUUUAUAAAAAUUGUUUUGCACAGCCAAAUAGACGAUUUCAGACUAACCAAGUCAUUUCGCACCUACUUUACGAGUUUUUAUGUACUGCAAAAUUAUAUGUUCUGUUUGGUUUUCUCUCUACGUGGUUCUUUAGUUUCCUAUUUAUUUAGUGAUAGCAACGUACUUAGUGUAAUUUAAAUUAUGAUAUAAGUGACAGGCGCUAGACAAAUGUGUGAUAUGUAUGGUUAUGUGAUUAUGAAAUCGGAGAGCUACUUAUUGUAAUUUUGCACUUUUCUGAAAUAUUUUCAUAUAUUUUUGGAAGCAUUUUCAAAUUGUUUACGUUAGGUACUUAAGUAGUGGUAUAAAAAGAUAAAUAGUAGACUUUUUAACUAUCUAAUUAUUUAUUUGUAAUCUGUCCGCUGUAUGAUUCUGAAUACCACAUAGCACAUUGGAAAAAUCGAAAAACCAUUUCCAAAACAACUCUUUUAUACUUACUAAAGAUACAGAUCUGAUGACAUUUUUGUCAUAAUUUAGGUAUCAUCAGAAUUUUAGGGAGCCACACGUGCCUAAAUCUAAUAUGUAUUUUAUAACUAUUAUAAGCAAGUAUUAUAAAAACAAAGUACGCCGUUAUAUUUUGUAAAGAUAUAGUGCGAAUUAUGUUAUAUGUAGGUAAAUUAUUUUUCAUUAUGUGAUAAUAAUGUAUUUUAUUUAAAGUAAUUGUUUAAUAAGUUUAACAAAUAAUGUUAACCAUAUAUCAUCAAAUAUGUACGCGGCUUAAUUCACCUAAGAUUUUUUUGGGAAUCUGUCAGGAUGUUUAAAAAGUAGCUGCGUCAUUGCAGUGCAUAUUUUAUAAUAAUUUAAACAUAAAAUAGUAUUAAUUAUAUACGUUAAUAUUAAGAGAACAAGGACCUAGUUAAUGUAUAAUUUAUAAGUCAUCUCACACUAAAAUAUGGAAACAAACUGGCGAUUGUAUAAAAAUGACACUAACAUUAGCCAGCCUUGUCACAUAUGGCUAAACGAUAAUAAUACCCAAAAACCCGUUUAUAAAUAGAUUUUUCUAUCUUUGACGAUUCAGACUCGGAUCGAUGUUGAGUCAGCGUAUGAAUCAGUCGACUCAUUUUCUUUCCUAAUUAGACCAAUUGUACACAAUCCAAAGUUUGUUUUCAACUUACGCCGUUUAUUCCUACCACAAAAUUUACUAAAACAUGAUCAGUUACUGAGAAAAACUCAGAAAUAAUGGAUGGAUCAUUUUAGAUUUUUCUCAAUAGAUAGUAUUUCAUACCAAGAGUUACCUUACAUAAUAACAUAGUGAAAGAAUCUCAGAUAAUCAGAGAUUUACUGACUGAAAUGAAUGUUUAACUCCGAUAUGUAUUUACAGAAUAAUAAAAUAGAUCCAGUGAU